UCAUUCAGAUCUCAGUAGGGCUCUUUACUGUGGAAGUAGUGUGGAAGUGCAGAACUGAAGUUCCCUACUCUCUCCGUGCGAAGAGGCUCAUACUUUAUUCAACACAGUUGCGUUUUAUUGCAAAACGACAUUUUCCUCCACCCUGGACCUUAACGCGUGUCCUAAAGGAAAGUAAUCUCUUCUCGAAAGUGUUUCCGAAUGUUUCCAAUGUAAUUUUGGGCGAAAUGAUUAAUUAAAUUAGCAUUAGCCGAUGCUAUCUUUGCUAGCUCGCUAUCAGUGCUCUGUCUGAAGCUUACAGAGUGCUAACAGUUAGCCUGCUAGCUAGUUCUAUAGACUUAAUAUUGUUCGCACCAGUUAGGGGAACUUAGCUGCCUUGGUGUUGCUAACUUCAUACAGCUAGCCAUUUAGAAAGGCAGCGCUGCAGUUUGAAGACUUCACAGUUCGUUGUUUAACUGCUUGUCUUCCUGUCUGAGGGGAUUUGUGCAAAUUUUUUAAAGUUGAUAUUCACACUUCGUUUUUGACAGCGAGGCCGCGAAUUAGCCUUCAUCUCAGUAUCUACUUAGCUUAGCCUGUUAGCUUGCUAAGCUAGUCGUGUGAGUGAGAGGGAGAGAGCGAAGGGGAUAGAGAGAGGGGGAGAGAGAGAGAGAGAGACGGAGACGUAGCGAAAGUUCGGCGCCGUGCAUCGAGAUGCCCGCGAUGUUGGAAAAGGGUACGACGGAGAUAUCGGGGAAGAGAAGAGGCAGAAAUUCGGUGAACAACACGACGAAAAGUUUUACUUCGAACGGCAAUAGUAACAAUUCUUGGGAGGAAGGAAGUUCGCCUUCCUCUAGUGAUGACGAGCACGGUGCUGGAGGGAUGCGAGUCGGACCACAGUUUCAGGCUGUAGUUCCAGACUACGACCCCGAAGUGGCCAAGGCGAGCCAGGAGAGGGAGAAUCUGGGAAUGUUGGUGUGGAUUCCUAACCAGACUCUGUCUGAGUCUAAGUUGGAUGAGUAUAUUGCAAUAGCUAAAGAGAAGCAUGGGUACAACAUGGAACAGGCAUUGGGAAUGCUUUUCUGGCACAAACACAACAUAGAGAGGUCUUUAGCAGACCUGCCCAACUUCACCCCUUUCCCUGACGAAUGGACGGUAGAGGACAAAGUGCUGUUUGAACAGGGUUUCAGCUUUCACGGCAAGACUUUCCAUCGUAUUCAACAAAUGCUUCCAGACAAGUCAAUUGCAAGCCUUGUGCGAUUCUAUUAUUCUUGGAAGAAAACACGCAGCAAAACCAGUGUCAUGGACCGGCAUGCACGCAAACAGAAGAGAGAUCGAGAGGAGAGUGAUGAUGAGGCUGAAGAGACGAACUGCAACUCUCCAGGUGACACAGAACUUGAAUCAAACAAAGAGGAAAAAAAAGAGGGUCCAUCUGGACUUGAAAAACAAGAUACAAAGCCUGCACUUGUCCAGAAGCCAGCACCUCUCACAGACAAACCAGCUCAUGUUAAAAAGGAAGCACAAGGUCCAAGGAACCACCACCGCGCCAAGAGAAAGCCUCCCAAAGGCAUGCACCUGAACCAGUGUGAUGUGACUGCCAUGUCGAGCAGUGGCCCAGCCGCAGCCAGCGUCCUCAGGCAGCUGGACAUGGAACUCAUUGCCAUUAAACGACAGAUCCAGAGCAUCAAACAGAUCAACAGCGCCCUAAGAGAAACGCUCGAAACAGGAGUAGAGGAUUUUCGACCUCCCGAGGUGAAUCAGAAAUUCAACACACGCUGGACUACAGAGGAGCAGCUUCUUGCUGUACAAGCUAUAAGGAAGUAUGGAAGGGAUUUUCAGGCCAUUUCUGAUGUCAUCGGCAACAAGUCUGUGGUGCAGGUGAAGAACUUCUUCGUAAACUACCGUCGCCGCUUCAAUUUGGACGAGGUGCUGCAGGAGUGGGAGGCUGAGCACGGGGUGGAGGCUUCCAAGGGCUCAGAGGAAGAGAAAAUGGAGGUGUCAUCUGAGGAAGGCACCACCACGCCUGUACCGCCAGAGGACCAAAAGGAGGUCUGAAGGAACCUAUGCCCACAGAAGCACAGACCCCCUCUGCCUCCUGAGUGCCAACACCUGAGAGAUCAGAUGCUCCGGAUCCAAAUGCAGUCUGCAAUCCAGUUGAAGGCAUGUUGUGCUGAAGAGGCACCGUCUCGUACCCACCAUUCCCGCCAGUCUCCUUUGCUGCUGUUCUUUUGACUCAGCUGAAAUCUAUGAUUCUUACAUGUCCUACUAUUUGGAAUCUCAACUGGCCCAACCCAGGAAUAAGGAUAGUCUUUACUUUUGUAUUGUCACUGCCAACAGGAAAUAGUCUCUCUGUCAGGUCGAUGUUGUGCCUGGUGCUUUAAGCACUGUAUUUACUGAACCUUCAGAAACACAGAGGACACUGGAUGGGUUUGUGAUCUUAUUAACAGAGGAAGGCUUGACUUCUGUUGAAGGUUCAAUAAACAUUGUUUCAGUCUCCCUCAUAACCUGCUAGUUACUUUAGUGUAGCAUCCAGCUCUUGCAUACAUUUUGUUCCUCAUCAGUUUGUACAGUAAUCAUAUUUAGUAUGUUUGAUUUUAGAUGAGUUGUCAAGAUUGCUAUCAUGACUUAAGCUAUUCGUCUAUUUAUUUGCUUAAUAAGUUGUUUCAAAGAAAUAAUAGGUUUUCCAAUUAUGAAAGAGCCUGUAUUGAAGGGACCUUGAUGCCUGAAUCUGUAAGUCAUUUGAACAGUUUUGGUUGUUUUCAAAAUCCAGCCUGUGAUUCUGUUAAUUGGCAGGACAGCCAGCUUUGGUGCUGCAAGCAACCAAGAUUAUUAGCUGCCUUCAAAGAUAUGUUGGUGAAGUUGGCAAAGUUAGUAUUAGUAUUUUUUAUUUAUUCAGCCAUGUAAGGCAGGUUUAGCAUAUAAUUAAGGGAUUUUCUUCUAGUCAACCAAACAGAUGCAGAGAAGUGAAACAACAUACUGCUUCUUUUUUCCCGUUAAUACUGGCUUUCCUCAGUGACGCCCUACAGAAUACAGCCUACACUGUGGGAUUCACAAUGACUUGGCCUUGUUGCAGCUAGAGCACGAAUACAAGUUUGUGUUCCUCUUUCUUUUAAAUCAUCUUCGAUUCUGGACAGUUGGGAUUGCUAAAGCUGUUCAAUUGACCAGAAAUUAUCUAUUAAAUUAUGGCUAAAUGGAUUAAGCAAGUGUAGGUCAAAAUAUUGAGCUUCCACUUUAAGAUUAAAUUUUUAAAUGUAAUUUUGGUAUUUUAAAUAGUAUAUCAGGUUCUCAAUUCAAGAAAGUUGCUCAUGCAAUUCAUUUAUAAAGAGACACAAUAAUGGACAAAUAAUAGUUGUUGAGGAUUAUAUCUGAAUAUUGCAAAUAAAUGGCUUUAAAAGUGAUUUUACGAGGGCUGGUGAUUAAAUACAGGCUGUCUGUGAUAGUACGCUGGAUUUGGAUUUUUUUUAUUAUAUAUAUAUAUAUAUAUAUAUAUAUAAUUUAUAUUAUAUAUAGUUAUAAUUUUUGUAAUAUUAUUUUGGUAUAUGCUUUUCUUUUUGGUUUUAAAAUGAUGUCUGUCUUGCAUGCACAGGCAAUUAUUUGGUAAACCUGGUCCAAGUUUGAAGGUAUAUUCCCCAGAAAAAAAAAAAAAAAAAAAGGAUGCAAAAAGCACUACAAAUGUAAGAGAGGCAGGCUACUGGGUUAUGGACAAAAAUGGUCAUGUCUGUCCUGAGGUUGUUUUCUUUUCCCCAUUCAUGUUUAUUUUCUUACUGUGCCAGAACCACAAAUGGGGGGAAAAACUGAUUUAGAUUUUGUGUGUCUGUGUGUGUGCGCGCGUGCUUGCAUACAUGCUUCAGUGUGUGUGUUUUCUGAUGAUACAUAUUUUGCCCACAUAUAACCGGUUUGUCACAUUAGCUACAGAAUAAACCAAUAGGAUUUAACCAA